AUGUCCAGCACAAACGGCACUGCAAUAACAGAAUUCAUUCUGCUGGGGCUCACAGACCGCCCAGAGCUCCAGCCUCUCCUCUUCGUGCUGUUUCUGGCUAUUUAUCUUGUCACUCUCUUGGGCAACCUAGGCAUGAUAGUGUUAAUCAGACUGAAUUCUCGCCUUCACACACCCAUGUACUUCUUCCUCACUAACUUGGCCAUUGUGGACUUGUGUUACACCUCGAAUGCAACCCCACAGAUGUUGACUAAUUUCUUAUCAGAGAAGAAGACGAUCUCCUUUGCUGGCUGCUUCACACAGUGUUACAUUUUCAUUGCACUUCUCCUCACUGAGUUUUACAUGCUGGCAGUGAUGGCCUAUGACCGCUACGUGGCCAUUUGCAACCCCCUGCACUACAGUGUGAGGAUGUCCAGGUGCGUAUGCAUCUGCUUGGCCAUGUUUCCAUACAUCUAUGGCUUCUCAGAUGGGUUGCUCCAGGCCAUCCUGACCUUCCGCCUGAACUUCUGUAGAUCCAAUGUCAUCAACCACUUCUACUGUGCUGACCCACCACUCAUUAAACUUUCUUGCUCUGACACUUAUGUCAAAGAACAUGCCAUGCUCAUAUCAGCUGGCUUCAAUCUCUCCAACUCCCUCACCAUCAUCCUGGUGUCUUAUGCCUUCAUUAUUGGGGCCAUUCUUAGGAUCAAAUCUGCAGAGGGAAGGCACAAGGCAUUCUCCACCUGUGGUUCCCACAUGAUGGCUGUCACUCUGUUCUAUGGGACACUCUUCUGCAUGUAUGUCAGACCACCCACUGAUAAGAGUGUUGAGGAAUCCAAAAUCAUAGCAGUUUUCUACACCUUUGUAAGUCCAUUGCUUAAUCCAUUGAUCUACAGUCUGCGGAACAAAGAUGUCAAGCAGGCCUUGAAGAAUAUCCUCAGGAGAAGUAUUAGCAUGACAAUGUAA